AGAAAUCUCUCUCUUCUUCCGCGCGGAGGCGGAGCUCCCCCUCGCUCCCUGCAGAGUGGAGACCAUGGAGGAGCCGUUUGCUUUAGAUCCCCGCGAUCGCAGGAGAUGUUCCAUGACAGUUGAAGAAAGGAAUGCGUCGCACCAGCUGAAGAUGGAUGGUGCGUACUCUACUGGGUCUAUGGCGAUGAAAAUGUAUGGUCUUAUUAUUACUUCGCUGGGCUUCAUUGUUCCAUUGUUCCGGCAAAUCUAUUGUGUCAUAGCUUCCAGUAGAAGUUCGGGAGCUCUUCACCCUUGGGAUGUCAAAGACACGGUUUGCUUUGUCAGCCGCACCAUUGGCGAUACUGGUGGUGCUAUCCCUUCUUUUGUCGGGGGAAUUCGCCGUCGUCCCAAUACUUUCAAAAAAAGACACUAUGUUAUAAGUACUGGCACUAGCGGCAACCCUUUUUACAUCAAAUCCAAAAGUGGGGUUGGUCACAGGAUUUCCACCAGAAGGCUUCGUUUGCUGGCUGCCACUCGAAGACGCCGUUGUUCUCGUUGGCUCUAUGAUACCGGGGCUAGUAUUUGCAUCACCGGAGACAUUAGUAUCCUUCGAGGUUUACACAAUGCUGUUCCUAUGCAUUCGCGUGGAGUCAGUGGAACCGAAUUGGUGUCAAAUAAGUGUGGGCGCAUAUCUGGUAGAGUGAAGCUUUCUGGAAUCCGGUACUUCCCUGGUGCAAAGGUGAACUUAAUCAGCGGAGGCCUCUUGGGAUCCCUAGGAUGUGAAACCACACAGAACGCUAAAGGAUGCAAGAUCAUCAAGGACGGGCAGGUCAUCGGUGAGGGCCGCCUACUGUGGGACCGCACAUACUCCAUCGACUACCUCGACGGCAAUCUUCUCGGUGUAAUCUGCCCUGACUGCCGACAUUAGUUAUGACGUUCUUCAUUCUGGAGCAUCUCAGUGAAAGAUGGUUUGAUUUGUCUCCAGGGUUUGUGAGAAAUUUUGUGUGAGAAAGAUGGUUUGUUUUGUCUUCAGGGUUUUGUCUUCAUUCUGGAACAAAGUACUCCACACGCAUAGGGCCGGGUUGGUCGUCCAAAAGUAGUCAACAUGUGAACGGCUCGAUGCAUUUUGCAGUUGAGGUGGGUUCAAGAGUGAACGUCAGACAUUAAUUGCUCUUGGUGACUCAGAUUUUGCAGUAGCAGAUUAUGUUGAUGAGCUAUGGAUUCUAGUUUCGAACUGUUUAAUUUGGUCGUGUUUUGCUGUAAACUUUUUGGUACUUUGUGGCUUGGACUUCUUUUUGAUACGCAGUGGCUUGGACUUACUUUAUACUCUUUUUGAUAC